CCUGCGUUUAAGGAUGGAUGGCGUACACGUAUUGAAAGAUUCAACUCUCUCCCCCACCUCUCUCUUUUACUCGAGGCUGGCGGCACGUGUCUAGAUCGUUUUCUAACUUUUUUUUACCCCAUCUGGGUUGAGUCAAGACGCAGACGCCAAAGCCGUCGUUCUUCCAAUGCAGCGCUACAUAUCGUACGCUUAGACGUGACUAACCAAAUAGCAGCGUUCGAGAGAGGACUGAACGAAUUUCUCUAUCGCCGUUAGUUAAUGAUCGAAUCCGCUCUUGGGGUAUUCAAACUAUACCAGGCGGUCUUGAGAGAUUUCGUUCAGCUUGCUCACACACUUAUCUCUGGACAUCUAGGAGAGCAGCGGUUCUCCUCUACAAGUACCCGUUCGUCUAUUCGAGAGGGUCUUUUGUGCAGUGAUUACCUCGUGACCACCGCUCGUUUCAUCCCCCCCCCCCUCUCCUGCCCCCCAAAUCGCCUCUUUAUAUGUUUUGUAUUUUUCUUAUUAAUCUAUCUCUGUCCCUUGUACAGUCUGCAGUAGCAACAGUAGCAGCCGCCGCAGCUAGAGUAGACCGAACGAUUCAUACUUAAACUGCAACACUGCGCCAGCAAGCCUGCGGAACUGGAUCACAGACCCUUCUUAGCCCCUGGAACAGAUGACUGGAAGAAGACUGCUGCAGUAUCUAGAGCAGUAACGCUUUUGUUCAAUUAUGCGGAGUAAAGUCUGCUGCUUAGAUAGUGCGAAAGCCGCGUGUGGUAUAGCUUCUGAGACCGAGACGUCAUUUCCAUCUGUGUUGGUAUGUGAGUGAUCGCUGGUAUCUGCUCCGUGUAGGGUGAGCAACUAAGCAAUGUUUAUUAAUAUGUUCUAGCGUGCGGUGGAUCCGCAGCACUAUAGUGUAAGAGGGUGAUUCCUCAGACGGGGAUAGACUUGAUAUCUCAAGAUAUAUUGUCUCAGAUCUACCAACUGUUUUGCCUCGAAGGUUGAACUGUCUAGAUGGUUGUUUCCUUUUUCUCCCGUGGAAUCCAUAAAAGAUCAAUCAAUCUUCCUAGCACGCGACCUCGUAGGCAGGAUUCAUUUCCCCGAUCAACCAAACUCGAAUUCUCUCCAUUGAAUCCAGCUCGUAAAAUCUGCAUUGCGAGGCUGAAAUUCUCGCCGUACAAUAAGCCAUGGUUAUCAAAAUCUCGUAUUCACAGAGGAGAAUCCCCGCAGCGUGACAGCGUCCCAGCCCUCUUGAUCCUCUCUGGAACUUGUCAGCUGUCCAUACAAAGCUAUCCUCGAACAAAUCACCAAACAAUUGAUUGGUUCCUGCUCGGGGCCCUUCGACGCUGAGUUCAUACCCACUUUCUACCUGUCCUUUAGCAUACACACACACACACACACACACACUCAUACAUAUAUAUAUCAAUAC